CUCACAAUAUCGCGAUGAACGUUUCUUUUGGUUACCAAUUCAUCUCGCAGAUUAGCGAUGACGAUGCGGCUGCUUGCUGUGAUGUUGGAGGCGCAGAUCACCCCCUGCAUUGGGGCAUUGACGUCACGCAAUGCAGGUUCCCGAACCCUGCUUUCGCGACUUUGACAGACAGCUGGGAAGACACGACCGAGGAGCGCUAUGACAGGGAGGACUUCACAUAUAAGACCCGGCAUGUGCCUUCCGAGUCUUCAACUCCAAACUCCAAACUUUAUCAUUCCCAACGGCUAGCCAAGCACGGAUCCUGCAGUCCAGAUCUCCUAUCGAAUAUUUUGAAGCUUCUCAUAGCUUCUACACCCAACCAGCAACAUGCCUCUCUUUGGAUCCAAGCGGGAGCCUAGCCCUCCUCCUGCUCCUCCUCAGAAGCACUCCAUGUUCUCCAGGCGUCGCUCUUCUUCCCCUUCGUACAGGGAUUCGCGCCAUAGCAGCUCCACCAGCCGCACAACCACGACAUACACCUCGUCUCCUAAGCGUACAUCUGGCAUGUUCAGCCGUGGCUCUGGAGACCCUAGCAUUGCGACUGCUAAGCAGAGUCUUAUGACUGCUGAGGUUGCGGAGCGGGAUGCCGACCGUGCGCUCUUUGUUGCGAAGAAUGCUGUAAGGGAGGCACGGGAACAUGUUCAUCGUUUGGAGCGUGAGGCUGCUGAGGAGGCGAGACUUGCGAAGAUCAAGCAGGGCGAGGCCAAGGCUCUCGGUAAGAAGGGCAAGUUGCUCGGACGCCACGACCAUGUCUAAGUCGACUCAAUGCGCCAUCCUUUGGACUAGCCAUCAAUACGGCGGGUCGGGCUGGUUCUUGUUUACUUUUCUCACGAUGUUGAAUGAUGUGAAGCGCGGAGUUGUUGGAUUUCUUAUGUCGCUAUGAGCGCUUGUAUAAUACCCCUGAUGUCUCUAUGCAUAUUCAAUUCUGUUUGCCUACUGUCUAUCUCAUCUUAUGCUCCAA